AUGCCGGCCGAUCGUAAGCGUAAUUCAAGGAAAGCUAAGAAGGAAGGCGCUGCCUCCAGUACGCCUGGGAUGCAACUUACUUGGACAAUGCCUGUCGAGGCGGAAAACGUGACCGGGAUCGAGUUUGCCUCCUCGCUCACGCCGACGUCGUUCCGUGAUAACAAGAAGAAGUUCGUACCCGUAUCAUCGCCCGAUGUCGCCGACGACGUCAAGGCCAGUGCCCCUGCGGAGCCGACGCUCUUCCCUCAUGCAGCACCGGCGGUCGACGGGCCUCGCAAGCCGACGCACCAGAAGAAGAAGGCGGAGAACCACAUCCCACGGCCGCCCAACGCGUUCAUCCUGUUCCGGUCAUCGUUCAUCAAGAGCAAUCACGUCUCUAACGAGGUGGAAACGGAUCACAGCCAGCUCUCCAAGAUCAUCGGCAUGACCUGGCAGAGCAUGCCCGAAGACGAACGCAAGUUCUGGCACUCCAAGGCGUUGGACGCGCAGGCGGAGCACAAGAAGAAGUACCCGAACUACGCCUUCCGCCCAGCUGCUUCCCGGGCCGCCGCGCCUUCCAAACGCAGAGUACGCGCUGACGUACAGCGUGAUGGCGAGCGCUGUGCGCGGAUCGCCGAGCUGCUGGUCGAAGGAAAGAAGGGCGAAGAGAUCGCGGUAGCCAUCAAGGAGUUCGACAAGCAGAAUGCGAAGCCUGUCAUCGCGCGCUUUGAGGAGCCUGUCACCGCGCGCCAGUUCCGCCGGCGUUCCUGUUCGCAGCCUCCGCCAGAGAUGCAGCCGCUCUUUACGACAAUGCAGUUUGUGACGGAGGAGCCCACCCAGCCCUCGCAACGUCGCGUUCGUGCGGCCAGCUCGCAGCCCUCUUCGCGUAGGACAAGAUCUCGAACAGCCGCCUCAACGCCCGUUCCCGAGUCUGGCCCUUCAACGCCCGCGUCGACCACACCCGCAGCAUCCUCGCCGUUCACGUCGUCAUCUUCACUCGUGGACUUGCCAGAGGACUCGGAGAUGCCGCCUCUCGUGGCUCGUCCUCCCGAGUUCGACAUGGACUUCACGCAAUACUCAUUCGAACCAUCGCAGCCCUUCGCAUUCGACGCCUUUACCUUCAGCUCAGGAGGCAGCAGCUCGCCCUACGUUGAGUCCUGCGAUCCCCUCACUCCGGCAACACAAUCGUCUAUGGGUGACAGUGGAUAUACCGAACAUGGCUAUGCACCAUUAUCCGCGGCUGCACGGUCAAACGAUCAUACUUCGCACAGUCCAUAUCCGCCGCUGUCUAUUGAUACGUCGUUCUUUGGCUCUUGGAACGUACCGCCUUCAUCCUCGCCGUUCUCCAAUUCACCUGGUGGCUUUGCGGCGUCAGAUCAGCCCCCUCCAUUCUCGGCGCUCACGCCCGUGGCUGCUCCUGACUAUACGCAUACCGACUACUUGCCUGUGGCUCCAGCUGAUAGCUCUGGUAACUUCGAUCCAAGUUAUGGGCAGGCUGGAUACGUUCCUGCGCCACCGUAUGGUGAUUUCACAAAUAUCGGCGCCCCUGCGACGGCACCUUUGGACGACUAUACGCUUCAGAAAGGAGAUUAUCCGUUUUAUACGCACAAAGUCGCUGGCGACGCGCAACAUUCUUACCCGAUACAGGAUAUGCAUUCCUAUCCGCCACAGGAACUAUAUGGCAGUUAUUCCGUAUGA